AUGACUGAAUCUUCUCCCGAACCAUCUGCUGCACCUCCUAUUCCAACCGAUAAACCGUGGCUUCUGAAUCCGAAAUACCCGAGUUCAGCUGCAUUUUUUCAUGCAUUUCUACACGAGGAUGACCGUCAUGUGGUAGACUGCUCCGACUACGAACCUUCUCUGAGGACCGAGUGCAAAUACUAUGGAGGUCGUGAAGCUCUUCUAAACUCUGUGGAGCGAUUUCGUAAUUUUCCUGGAAGUAUGGAUUUCUUCGAAUCCGAACUUUCUUCUCUAUACCCAAUGCUCCCUCCAAGGAUCUACCAAAGCAUGAAAGCAGCAAAGUCGUACAUCUUCAAACGCGAAAUCCUCAAUCAAAUGCAAAUGCUGACAAUGAACGAUAGCUUCCGAAUGAAUCAGAAUAACGUACCGAUUGUGAAAAUGAUGGCAAUUUAUAUGCGGACCAAAGACGAGAUGAUGGAGGGCAAAUUGGAGUUUAUGCCUUAUGAAGCGAAUGAAUUGGCAGUGUUUGAAAAGCACGUCACCGACAGAUUCAAACUGGCGACGCAUAAGGGUAGAAAGUACAAAAUACAUCAAAAACAUCAGAAGACGAUUGACUAUGUUUUUGAUACGAUUAAGACGAUGAUGCCAGUGAAUAAGUAUGAUCCAGAAUUCACAAGCCUCCGCAAAGUCCUGAUGAUUAGUCACGAGGAACGACCAGUGCACAAAAACCAACAGUUUUAUGACUACUUGAUUAACAUGAUGUAUAUUAUCACUGUCGAAUUCAACAAUUUCAUCAAUAACAACAUGUCGUGGUUCACCCCUUAUCCUGUAGAUCAGGGUCCAAAAACUGCUUACGUUCGUUUGUUCAAGGAGACCAACAACAGUUAUGUUCUUGGAUUUGAGCUGUUGCGAGAGAUGAAACGGUGUGCAAUGGAUACUGUACAGCUCGAGGAGAUGCUCCAGGAUAAAGGACCAAUGUAUUGUCUGGAUAUUCGAGAGGUGCUUUCGCUUAAGCGUCAGAAUGUUGAGCUCAUCGUUACCCAGCACAAGAAAGCUCACAAAAAGAAUGUCUGGAUUCCAUUAGUAGAUGGCACAUUCUGUCUCCCAGCUGAACCCACGAUUCAAUAUUUCAUUUUCUGGGCCCACAACAAGGGAUAUUUCCAAAACGUAUCCAUUGAAAGGAGGGACAAAAUCCUGGAUGCUUUCAGUUUCAUUAAAACGACUUUGGAGGAAAUGCAGGUGAGAGUCUUUAAUUUCUUAGAUUGCUCAUGCUUAAACGUGUUUCAGAAAGGCUAUCGUUUGGUACUCCAGUCGGAUAUCGAGAAGAUCAAAGACGGGAUUCUGGAGUAUUUCAAAAAUAAUAAAAUCUCUCCACCUGCUGAAAAGAAAGAAGUUCGACACAUCGAUAAGGGAUUGUGGACUAUAAAGCAAUUGGUGGAAGAGAUUAAAUAUCUGGAAUUGGACACGGCGUUCCCGGAAAUGGUCAAGCUGGCAGGAAAUGUAUUCAAGGGGAGACUGUUGAAACAUUUCCCUAGUCUCGACUUGUGCUCAGCUGUGGAGAUUCUUCAGUUCUUUUGUAUUACGAGAGUGGAGAAGAGCUCCCGAAUCUUUUACGAACUGGAAGACUCGUGGUUUGAGGAAAUGUCAUCAGAGGUUCCCGCAGCUGAACCAGUGGAUGCUAAAGCUGGGCCCAAGGAAUCUAAAGCGGCAUCAGCGACUUCUGAAGUAGCGCCAAAGGAAUCUGAAGUGACACCAGCCGAUUAUGGAGCAGCAUCAAAGUAUUCUGAAUCUAGACCAGCUCAAGCGGCACCAGCGAAUUCCGAAGCAACACCAGUCUCUUCUGAAGCGGCACCGAAGGAAUCUGAAGCAGCACCAGCUGAUUCUGAAAAGAAGCCAAAGGACUCUGGAGCGGCUUCAAUGGGUUCGAAAGUGACACCAGCGGAUUCUGAAGCAAGACCAGCGACUUCUGAAACUAGACCAGCGGAUUCUGAAGUAUCGCCAAAAGAUUCUGAAUCAGUAUCAGCUCAAUCAGCACCACCGGAACAUCAGGCGGCAGGAGCGGAUUCUGAAGUGUCACCAAAGUAUGAUAAAGAACCGAAGAACUAA